AUGCAAAGACAGAAGAAUUUACACAACUUUUUGUUGGAUGUUAUCAAGUAAGUGUCAAGUGUGAAAUGAGAUUCCCUUCACGUUUUACUUGCAGGGGCGAAACUAGCUCCUUUUAAUUCGGGAGGUGUCUGCCAGAAUUGCCCUGCCAAAACCGAUGAUGCCCGGAAAAAUUUUUUUCCGGACAUUAAAGAGAGGGGACAUUAAGGGUCAAAAAAUUUUUCCAUACAAAUUCCUGUUAAAACAUCCUUAUUUUUGGACCAAUAUCUGUAAAAUUUAGGUCUAUAAAUUCUAUUCAAUUCCCUCUGAAAGCCCUGUAAGUUACUUAAUAACUCUACAUUCUAUCAUUUAAAUCUUUGAUUGCCAUGCCAAUCCAGAUGAUUCGUAUUUUGGGGGUGUCACACCCCCCCAUACCCCCCCCCCCUCAAGUUUCGUCCCUGUUUACUUGUAUUUUUCAGAUAGUUGAAUCCCUAACCAUCUGCAAUUUUCUCAUGAAAUUAAAUUACUACAGCAUCUACAUUAGUUUGUCUGAAUAAUAGAAUCUUAUCUUCUUCAGGUCUUUGUUUGAUGAAAUGGACACAGUCGAUGGUGUUAUCACCAAUGUGAUGGUAUGUAUUACCUGCAAAGGUUUCUGGUAGGUCUCUAGCCCAAAUAUAUAUUUUGUAAUAAUGUAUUAAUAAUUGUAAUGUACAUGGGAAAAUAAAAAAAAAAUUAGAAAAACUAAAAAAACUAAAAACGGUAAAACAGCUUGCUGAUUUUUUUUCAGACAUAUGCGAAGCGCCUUGUGGAAGCCGACAGAUGUGCGAUGUUUCUUACGGAUGAAAAGACGAACGAACUUCACGCUGAUCUCUUUGAUGAAGGAAAACUGGAUGAAAAUGGAUGUGCUUUCUUUUCAAAAGGGAAGGAGAUACGGUACGGCAAACCGACUGGGAUGGCUGGCCGGCCUAUACCGACCGGCGGACUAACCGGCCGACCGACGGACUUGUCCGACUGGUUCAUUGACUCAUUCAUCCCUUUCUUUUCACAUAUAUGAACGUCUCUUAGUCGAAGCAAGGAAAGAGUUCGAUAAAUUUAUGGUUUUGACCGACAUCAGUUGUCUGUAUUACUCUUUAAACACAGUCUUAAUUGCAAUAGAAAAUAAAAGACCUAAGUUAAAAAACAUCAACUCUUUCUCGACAGGCCCCAAUUAGAACUUAAUGAUGAAUUCGUAAAGUUCAAAGAAGAGUACUUUGCAGGUUCAUAUCUUCAGUUCAGUACAUGUGAUAUGAGGACAGAAACACCACCGUUCGAUUCAGCAAAACAAUAUCUCCUAAUUCUUUACGAUAUUAAAAACCUACUAUAUACACAUAUAAAAGAUUGGCGAUACAGAUUUACGAGAAAAUUUACGAAAUCUCGCUUUUGUAGUCAAAUAAUCAAACUUGCCUUUUUCUUUGACACGAUAUAGAUUCAGCAGUGAAAAAGGAAUUGCUGGUUAUGUGGCAACAUCGGGAAAACUACUGAACAUCAAGGAUGCUUACUCGGACCCAAGGUUUAACAGAGAAGUAGAUGUAAAGACUGGUUAUACAACACAUACCAUCCUUUGUGUACCGAUGACGUGUAAGGACAGGUGAGACUGCAGACAAAACUUUGAAGUUAGAAUCCCUUCGUCGAAUCUCUCAUUGUAUAUUUAUUCUGAGAAUGCAUGUAAUGUGCAUAAUGUGUUUUGUUUCAUUUCAGUGUUGUUGGUGUUGUUCAAUUGAUAAACAAACGGAAAGGGAUUUUUACUUCAGCAGGUACAGUCAAUAAUGUAUUAUUAUUAUUAUUAUAUUUAUAUUUAUCCAGGAUACCCACGUCACCGAAGUGUUUUUCAGUGGGGUCCUGCAUUAUAAAUUUCAACUUCAAUAUACAUAUACAUUACAAAAUAACAUGCAAAUCUACAAUAACAUGCGUUAACGUACUUAUACUAUAUAUAUAUAUAUAUAUAUAUAUAUAUAUAUAUAUAGAAUUUCGCUUACCUCAAAAUUCCGCAACAGUCUGUUUCAUCAGUAAAGAAUCAUCAGGCGGAUACCGCCUGAUGAUUCUUUACUGAUGAAACAGACUGUUGCGGAAUUUUGAGGUAAGCGAAAUUCUACAUUUGCUCUAUCUUUAUGAUAUUGAGCACUCUUUGCGUUUCGUAUACACAAACCUACUCGUAUAUAUAUAUAUAUAUAUAUAUAUAUAUGUUAUAUAUUUAAAUACGAAUGUUAUAUAUAUAUAUAUAUAUAUAUAUAUAUAUAUAUAUAUAUAUAUAUAUAUAUAUAUAUAUAUAUAUAUAUAUAUAUAUAUAUAUAUAUAUACAUACACUUUGUAGGCAGCACAGGCAGACAUGUAGGCAGCACAGCUCAGCUCAAUGCAAUUUUGAAAAACUUUUCAAUUAAGUUCGUGAAUAUUUGUACUAUACGAAAGUGAAGUUUCGUAAAUUUUGAAAGUAAGAAAAUUUGUAUGCCUUAUAAUGCCACAGACUUCAUUCGCAACAGCAAUAACAAAUGUACAAAUUCACAUUAUUCAGACUUGCACCCUGUACAACCCUGUAAAGUGGCAAUGCGCCCAGAUGCGCCCUACUUUAUUAUUUUACUCUGUCUAACGCCAGACAAUUUUACUCGUCAGGGGGAGAGCGCUGCCAUUCAAUGGGUUAAAAACCAUCAUUCGAAAGCCGGCUCGACUGUUUCUUUAAUACAUAUGUAAUAGGUACAUAAACUACUUCGCGUUUGUUUUAUUGAUUGUAGAUGAACAUGCUUUCACUUUAUUCGCUGGAUACUGUGGUCUAGCCAUUCGAUAUUCACAG